AGUUUCACCGGAAAUUCUCGUGAAACGAGGCAGAAAGUGGAAUCGGUGUUGGCCAGAAGCGCUGGCUUCACACCAUUAUGUCGACUCUUCAGCUCCGGCUGGUACCAUUCUUGGCUAGAACUUUAAAGCUUCAAAAUGGGUGUCGAAUGUCAGCAGUGUACCGUUUACCCCAGCACAAAUACAAAGCUAAAACAACUUCCUUCUCUCCGAACUACAGAAAGUUUAAUUCCAUAGCCAACAACAACAAUAUUUACCGACAAAACUCGGCCACCGCCAGCUUGCUCCUUGUUUCUACUCAAGGAGCCAACCGAUGGUUUAGACGUAGCAGUCAUUAUGACAAAUGGACUAACCUCUGUUUUGAAGAUAUGGAAGCGUUGAUUAGCUGUGGAGAUAUUCAACUCUUUGAUGUUCGGGAACCCAAAGAAAUACUGGACACUGGUAAAAUACCUUGUGCUAUAAAUAUUCCUUUGGGUCAAAUAAAAGAAGCUUUACUCAUGGCUGAUGAUCUGUUUUUAAACACAUAUGGUGUUGUGAAACCUUCACUGCAAGAUACUAACAUUGUUUUUGUUGGUUUGGGUCCCAUCAAAAGCAGUGCUGCUCUGGAAAUAGCUCACAAAGCUGGAUUCAAAAAAGCUCGCCAUUACUAUGGAGGUUACAAAGAAUGGUUGACGAAAACUCAAACAACAGAAUCACCACCCGCCUAAUAACAUCCGUGACCUCAACAUAACAAUUAACAACCUUUUUACUUAUUGUGGCCAGAAGAUGAAAACUGAAAUGACACAUUGUCCUCUUCUAUGGAAGCCAUCUCUACAGCAUUGGACACAAGGGGUGGGGGGAAGAAAACGGACAAGAACAUUGCUUUGAUUCUUGGGUGUAAGAUCUGAUAAAAGCAUCACAGUUCAAUACUUUAAUACUUUCUUACAAAACCAUUUUCUUUUUUUUUUUUUAAAUUCAGUAAAUAUUUAAAUGAAGAGACACUCUCUGGGUUUGUAGAGAUUCUGCUGUUAUUAUUCAAAUAUAUUUAUACACAUGUUUAAACACUUCCUCGGAGACACAAAGAUAUUAAAUGUCGAUAUUAUUUUUGCUGUCACAGACACUCUUCCUGUUAUCUCUGUGCAUUAUUCAAAUUACUUUGACCCUUUAAACCUCGAAAUUCCUGAAGACUUUUUGGGAAAUGUUUGCCAUUUUGUUUCGAAUAGUUCCAGUGACACUUCUCAAGAUGUUUAUUGGAAACAUCUUGAGAAGUAAUAUGUAAUAUGAAGUAAUAUGACAUGAAUAUUUAUUUCAGUUGGUGGUUUGGAAAACAAUCAGCAUUAGUUUUCUUUCUUCUGUAAGCUUCCUGUUUUUAUAUCAACCUUUUCUUGAAAGGAGCUGGAAAACUGUUUAAAGGGCAAAAAAAAGAAAAUCAAAACCUUCAAAUGAACUUCCUUCAGUGUUAUGUCUAAACCUUCUCUGUUAAACUGUAACUCUUCGAAACAGUAUCUACUGACAUGCUUUUUUCUUUUACGAUAUAAAAAAAAAAUAAAAUAAAAUUUGGGCUUUCUUAGAUCAUUAAUUAUUCCAGAGAAGUGUCAACAAAACACCAGUUUCAUAUUUACUGGCAAAUCCCUUGCAGUUUGUGAAAUUCAUAUAGGAAGCAAGCCAAGCUUGCUUCUCUCUGCUACAUGAAAAAUAAUAUAUUGAAGUGAACAAAACUUUGGGAAAAUUUGGAGUGGUUUUGUGCCUUGUUAAAUCUUUUGAUAUCAAAUUUUUCAAUAUUAUUGAAGUUCUUAGGAAACCUACCUUGAGUAUUAAAGUAUAUAGCAUUUAAUUGCUAGAUUUUAAAGUGCAUGGAGAUAUGGAUAUUACAAGCACAAAUUUAAGACAAAACAGUAACUGGUCCACUGUUGGAACUUAAAGCAUGCAGUCUAUGAUCCUACAGAAUGUCCGGGUACUUUUUAAUUUUCAUGGGAGGGAAAAUUUGUAAGUCAUUUAAUGUCCAACAUAUCAAAGUUGUGAAUUAGAAUGUAAACGAUAGUUUUUAAAAGAGGGAUACUGGGAAAGUGAUUAGAGCUCUGUGUUUGGAGACCCCUUCAGUGGUUCUUGUAUUCUUUCCCCUCUCUCAAAUUGGGGCUUCUAAUGUCUACAUCAGUUUGAUGUCUUGUCUGAAAUUUUUGAAGAUUCAUAUUUCAGCUAUUGCAGGUGGGUGGGGUGGGGCAAAAAAGUUGAAGUCGGGCGGG